AUGACAGACGAAUGUACGGCAAACAGACUCAGAGUAUCAUAUGCGCGCAUACUUGUGGAAAUGGACAUUACAAAGGAACUGCCACAAAUAAUUACCAUUGGGGAUAAUGAAGGAGAGAAAAUCCAACAACCUAUUGAGUAUGAAUGGAGACCCCUGUUCUGCAGCAAGUGUCAAAAGGUUGGUCAUAGCUGUGAUAAACCCAAAGUCACACAACAAUGGAAACCAAAACCUGCACCACAACAUGUAGACAAUGUGAAAACUGUGAUGGACAACACUACUAAAAGGAUUCAUAGGACUGAGGGAAACAACAACAUUGUAGGAGACAAGGUUAAUUCCCCUGCUGUGGAGAACAAUGCUAAGGGAAAUACAUUAGGUGAGUGUCCCACUGAUCUGGUGAGUAAGGCUGCUGAUCCACCUCUAGAAAAUGGAGUGAACAUUAUUGAGCAGGUUGAGGCAGUUAUGGAAAAGUGGAUAGAAGUCAUACGAAGUGGUAAGGAUAGAGGUAAACCACAAGACAACCCUAACAAUAUAAAUAAGAUUGUUUGUGCCAACGGCUUUGAGGCUCUUGAGAUUUCGAAGGAUCUUAUAGAGUCUCAAAAUACCGGCCAAUGA